UUUUACGUUAGAAAACAAAUGAAAAUUCAUUUCAAUUUUUUAUCUUGGAAUUGACCAUCCUUGACAUUCUUCUUCAGUCAAGCUAACAUUAAUAAAUGUUAACAUAUAUUUUGAUGAUUCAUUCUCUAGCUCCCCUUAAGUCUGACAUGUGCUUGUGCCUGGAUUGACAUAAUUCCAUCUAUUCUUGAAGGAAGAAAUAACAUGUAUUUUCAUUUUGUUAUUUAUCAAAGUGGCCAUUUUUCAAUAGCCAUAAAUUCAGUGUAUUGAAAGGGGGAAAGAUAUAUUUACCUAAGGUGAUUCAAGAUUCUACUGCAUUUAAUAAUUGUUUUGUUUUCUCUUGAAGAACAUUCAAUGUUGUCACAUGGAAUUUUCAGAUAGUGUCUGAUUUAUUUUUAUUUAAGCCAUGAAGACAGAAAAUCAAAGUUUUGGAGCAGAGUUUAUACUUCUUGGCCUUUUUCAAUAUGGCCAAAUGAACACUGUCUUUUUUGUUGCCAUCUCCAUCUUCUUCUCAGUGGCUCUGUUGGGGAAUAUCAUAAUGAUCUGCCUCAUCAUCUUGGAUUUCCGACUCCACAUUCCCAUGUACUUUCUUCUCAGUCAGCUCUCUUUCAUUGAUGUGAUGUACAUCUCCACCACGGUACCCAAGAUGGCAGCAAACUUUCUGUCAACUAGUAAGACCAUUACUUUUUUAGGUUGUGAGAUUCAAACCUUUGUGUUUUUGACCCUCGCUGGAACUGAAGCCCUUCUUCUUAGUUUCAUGUCUUAUGAUAGAUAUGUAGCCAUCUGUCACCCUCUACAUUAUCCUGUGCUCAUGACCAAAACUAUCUGUUUGUACAUGGUCACAUGUGCAUGGGCCAGCAGUUCUAUCAAUGCUUUAAUACAUACAUUGUAUGUAUUUCAACUUCCAUUCUGUAGAUCUCGGCUCAUUAACCACUUUUUCUGUGAAGUCCCAUCUCUAAUGCCUUUGGUGUGUCAGGACACCUCCCAGUAUGAGUAUACCAUCCUCUUUAGUGGACUUAUUAUUCUGUUGCUGCCAUUCAUGGCUAUCCUGGCUUCCUAUGCCCGGGUGUUUAUUGUGGUAUACCAGAUGAGCUCAGGUAAAGGGCAGACAAAAGCCGUCUCCACGUGUUCCUCUCACUUGAUUGUUGUAAGCCUAUUUUAUGGGACGGGUAUCUCUACCUAUAUGAGGCCACACUCCUUGCAUAAUUCCGAACAGGAUAAAGUGGUGGCAGUAUUUUACAGCAUUAUCACACCUCUUCUGAAUCCAUUUAUCUACAGUCUUAGGAACAAGGAGGUUAUGGGGGCCAUGAAGAGACUGAUAGGAUAACAGAAAAUGUACCAUUAGGAGCCCCUGUUUGAUUGAAACUGAACAACAUAAAAUGCCUUGCUUAACCAACUGUCUGGAGAGAAGUAAACUGUAAGAACUCUUUUUUUUUUUUUUAACUGUUAUAUACAUAUACAUAUAGUAAUACAUAUAUAUAUACACA